ACUUAUUUCGGUCACUCUUCUUAAGGUCCGCCCGGGUGAAAAACGCUGAAGAGCAAAACACGCAACCUAGGGACUGAAAGUAAUUCAAAAUUGCGUCGUUUGAAGAUAUUGACAAACUGUAUGUAGUUGAACUCCUAACUUUCAAAACGUUCGACACUUACAGGAACUUGGUGCUGCUUACGAUCUCCACUACUGUGUCGAAGAGUGGAGUAUGGCUGGACUGGAGCCUCCUGAAGUCGACGAUGAUCUCCUUGGUCUUGUCGACGUUCAGGACCAAGUUGUUGGUUCUGCACCAGUCAACCAGAUGUUUCAGCUCCGUUGUUGUCACGGAUGAGGCCCACUACUGUUGUGUCGUCAGCAUACUUCACAAUGUGGUUAGUAGUGGACCUGGCGCAGCAGUCAUGGGUCAUCAGUGUGAACAGCAACGGACUCAGGACGCUGCCCUGGGGGGAGCCGGUGCUCAGGGAGAUGACAUCAAUGUUAUCAGGUGUGCUGUGCAUGUGGGAGUGAUGCUUGAUGUGGGAAACUCCCUCUACAUUCCCAUGAAAUGGGGGGGAAAAAAACCCUGCUCAGAGUGACCAUGAUGAUCUUGCGACGGUGGGGCCUUCUGCUGGCACUGGAAUGCAUCUUUCUAGGUGUCUUCAGCCAGGCUCCCAGUCAGAAAAGGCAGUGUGCCUUCCAGGUGAAGCCGAAAGACAGCAGUUAUUUAGCGGAGGGAAACGUCAGCGACUCGGUUCAGGUGUGUGAGCGCACAUACUGCUGCGUGGGCUAUUUCUUCAUUGGGGCAGGCCCGCCACAGGUUGAUGUGCUCGCUUGUAAUAAAUUAGAGAAAUCUUGCCCGGAUGCAACCUGCAAGCCGCAAACCCGUGUGAAGCGGAUAGCUAAGUGUGUGUGCAACACAGACCUCUGCAACAGCAACAUUACCUGGACUGGUGUCAGCAACAAAAUCUGGACUGGUGUGAUACAAAAGCACGGGUCCACUGGCAUUGUGGAAGCAACAUGGAUCCUACUUGUUGUCCUGAGUGUGGCGCUUCUGUGCCUUGUGGUUGUUGCUCUUCGAUGGAAACAUCUCUCAAAAAAGAAAAUGUGUUCCUCCCCAACAACACCAACCCCACAGAUAGAUGUCACUCAUAUACAACUACAGCAGAUCGUGGCCUGUGGGCAUUUUGCCACUGUUUGGCGGGGAACACACAGAGGCUCCACGGUGGCGGUUAAAGUUAUCCCUGCCGCCAUGAAACACGCAUUCACCUUGGAGGAAGAGGUUUACAAACUUCCGCUGAUGAAGCACGCCAACAUUAUCCACUUCCUGGACUCUGGGAGACGGUCCCAUGAUGGCAGCUGGCUCAUUGUCCUGCAGUUUGCGGAAUAUGGCUCUUUGCACUCUUUUUUGUGCAAGAACACCACCAGCUGGCCGUUGUCACUUAAGUUGUGCCACUCUUUAUCGCAGGGACUCUCCUAUCUCCAUUCGGACCUUCGUACACCAGAAGGGCACAAACCUCCCGUGGCCCACAGAGACCUGAGUAGUUUGAAUGUGCUGGUACGAGCAGAUACUACUUGCGCCCUGUGUAAUUUCGGCAGCGCCAACAUCCUGCGCUCAAGUUCGGCACGCUGCCAAACAACAAGCCCAAAGUAUCACGCUCAGGUGGGAACACUGCACUACAAACCCCCUGAGAUUCUGGAAGGUUCUGUUAAUCUUCUCAGCAACUGGUGCUUGCAAGCUGAUAUCUAUGCUGCGGGUUUGCUGCUGUGGGAGAUCUGGAUGCGCUGCUCGGACUUAUUUGAAGACGGCGCACCUCCGCAACACCUCCUGCCUUACGAACAAGAGCUAGGAGCCGGGUUGACCUGGGAGAGCCUCACCGUUCACGUGUCUCACAUGGAAAGAAGACCCUCAGUACCCGAGCAUUGGCAAAUGCUGAGACAGGGGUCGGUGCUGCAGGAUCUACUCAGGGAAUGCUGGGACUGUGACCCAGACGCCCGGCUGACCGCACAGUGUGUUGCGGACAGAUUAGUAUCUCUUGACUCUCAUUUAUCCGUAUAACAAUUGAUAUUCACUUUGUCUUCUCAUACAUCGGUGUUGAAUUUGUUUUUGGGCGAAACCUCUCGUGGUAACAAUUAUUCAUUAAAUCAAGGUCAUGACACAGCAAGUUGAAAAAUGCUGACACGUUUGUUACUGGAUACUUUCUAACACGCUUCUGCCCUGGAGACUUUGUAUGUGUAAUUAAUAUGCAACUAUAAUUAUUUCAAUACUUUAUAUUGACAAGGCACGUAUAGCGCUCUUGGGUGAGACUUGUCCUGCACCCUGACAAAAUGUGCUUCAGGGUUUCUGAUGCAUGACACAUAUUUAAACUUUGGGAAAGGCAGUAAUACAGCAUCAAUCACAGAAUAGACUAAUUUGGAGAGUAACUUUUGACCAAACGACAAACACAAUAUAAACAACAGUCCUUGUCUUGUAUUCUGGGAAUGUGGGGGGAGAAUGUGAGGAGAACCAAGCAGUGCGAUCUCCGCAGGCCCAGAGGAAUACAACAGAAGACUUUAAAGUAUCUUAUUUUUAAAUGUAAAACAGGCCCAGGCAGUUAAGGCUUUAAGAAGCAAUUGUUAGAGAAAAGAUUAGUAGGAUAUUAAUUUUGACAUAACACACCAUCAAAAACGCUGACAUUUACACCUUAAAUUUUAAGAUUUGUUCAUUGAUGUUGUAUUCAUUUAUUCCCAAAGGUCUAUUGUCAUUUUGUCUGCACUGUCUCAUACUGUAUGUGUAUGUUUGAAGCUAAAAUCUGAUUGGACAAAAACAAAUCUGUGUUGUCGUGUCAAUGCAAUCUGUCGAGGGGCCUUCAGAAUCGGUAGUCACUUCAACUACACUUUUUUGAUUUGUCUUUUAUCUCCAUUGAGGCUAAUAAUUUUCAAGCAUAAAGUAAAUAAGGACUUUUACAACAUAGUUUUUUCCUAGAGGAUAGGUGCUUGUACUUUAUGUGCAAAUAAAGGUAAGGCCAUGGUUUGGAAGUACAUGCCUGAAAACACAAUUUUUUUUACAUGAAGUGAUUUUUUUUUCUUUUUUUGUUAAUACCUGAUAAAUGCGAAACAUAUUGACAUUGAUUUUCGCACAAACAUUUAAAGUAAAAAAACAAAAAACCAAAAAAAAUACAAGUCCUGAACUUGACUGCAUGUCACUGAUAUAACAUGUCUGAGCCUGCUCAGUGACCUUGUGGUUAGAGUGUCCGCCCUGAGAUCGGUAGGUCCUGAGUUCAAACCCCGGCCGAGUCAUACCAAAGACUAUAACAAUGGUACCCAUUACCUCCCUGCUUGGCACACAGCAUCAAAGGUUGGAAUUGGGGGUUAAAUCACCAAAAUGAUACCCGAGCGUGGCCACCGGUGCUGCUCACUGCUCCCCUCACCUCCCAGGGGGUGGAACAAGGGGAUGGGUCAAAUGCAGAUGGUAAUUUCACCACACCUAGUGUGUGCGUGACUAUCAUUGGUACUUUAACUUUAACUUAACUUCAUGUGAAUGUGGGGAUGUACCUUCUCUUACAGCUGUAGUCCCCAUUCUUAGAUGACUAAGAGACAUCUCAUUCAAAAGUAGUCACCUGCAAACCUUUUAAAUACUUUAAGACAUAUUUUCCAUGGGGAACUUCAAAACAAACUCCGGUACUGUGCUACUACAAAAAUAAACAACCUAAAAAAAAC